AUGGCGUCCCGGGAGGCAGACGAGAGGGAGGCAGACGAGAAUGAGCAAGACGACUUCAUGGACGAUACGCCGCUGCACCACCAGCGCGCAUUCGCCGAAGGUCUGUCCCGAAAGCCCAUAUCGUUCGUGCCCGCUUCUUCCGGGAAUCUCAAGACAACAGAGCAGCCCGGCGAGCCGGCCAACAAGUCUGUUUCGGACCUGUAUCUGAACAUAGUGCUCUCGAAACAAACAGCAUCAUCUGCGCCCGCCAGCCCAGGCUCUUCGAGCCGAGCUGCAGAGGAGCCUCAGAUAUGCCCCGUGUGCAAAGUACCGGUCACCUCAAGCCAGCACAGAAGCCAUAGCCAAGAGAGCGGUUCUUCGGCACAAGCCAAGACAAGUCGUCACGAGGCAUCUUUUGUGCACCAGGUCUCACUCGAGCACUCUCAUCCGCCUUCUUCCAUAGACCGUUCACGCAUGGGCUUGUCGGUAUUGGAGUCGCAAGGAUGGGACCCAGACGCUCGUCGCGGUCUCGGGGCGUCUGGCCAAGGCAUCCAGUUUCCCCUCAAACCGGUUCCCAAAGACGACACUCGCGGCCUGGGACUGGUCGUGCCCAAGGAGUUCGAAGGCAAGAAGAAGGAAAAGAAACCCGCACUUCUUCAUGCUGGAAAGGUUCGAAAGAUGGCACAGGAAGACAGGAAGAAGGCGGACAAACUUCGCCAGCACUUCUACGGCAACCCGGACCUGGACCGGUAUCUGGGUGGUUCAUGA